GAUAUUUUUCCGGAAUGCGAGGCCCUGUCUGUAGUAAAACAACCAACUGAUGAAAUUUUCUCUCAGCACAUUUCAGUGUUUUUCGUGCUUUUUUGUGUGAUUUUCGAAUUGUUUGUACAAUAAUUAGUGACCUAAGAUGUCUCAGGACUUUGAUUUAUUCGCCAACAUCAACGAUCUCGACAGCGAUCCCGUUGUUCUCCGGGAGGAUUCUCCACAAGUUCCUGUUCCGGUGCCUCAUGAAUUGCGGUUGGACUCACCAAAUGAUUCUCGCAAUCUAUCAAACUUUCCCGGUGUGUCCAGUUCUUGUGAGAGCAUUAGCAAAAAGGAACAGCAGUUCAUAAAAAGAUAUCAGAAAAAGCAGGAAGUUGUCCAGAGAAAGGCUGAGCGCAAGAAGCAAACAGAGUUGCGAAGGUUGAGUCUGCGGAAUCAGACAACUUCCAUUCCCAAUUUCGGUAGACGCACAAGAAGAAGUAGGAAUUCAUUAGUUCGAAUGAUGCAGGAGUUGAGUGAUUAUAUUUAUGUGGGGUCUCCGGAUACUCCACCUCGUGCAGUAAACUCAGAUGAAGAAAUGGAUACAAUUUCUCUGCAAUCAUCGUCAAUCUCUUCCGUGGAACUGUCCAGAGAGGUUGAUUAUGAAAUAACGAUAAAGCUAAAGUGGAAGGAUCAGAUUGAGCGAAUUCCCUACACAAAUCAGCAGCCUUUUCAGGAUUUGUUGAAGAUGCUCGCUGAGCGGGAAGGGACGACAGAGAAGAAAAUUGUGUUGAUGAUGAAUGACUCCAUUGUCUAUGCAACAGAUACUCCCAGUUCCAUUGGCUACACCAGUGUUCACUUCAUCUCAGGAAGAGUUGUGGACAGUGUCUUGGAACCCAAUAAGAAAGUGAAGAAAGUUAAGACUGAUAUUGAAGUGAAAAUCCAAUCAGAUCGCUGGAAGAGACCUCUUGCAGUCUCAGUCCCCAAGACUGAUACUGUUCAGAAGCUGCUUGAAAUGUGUGCCAAGGCACUAGAAUGCUCCACAAAUGACAUCAACCUCAGAUUUGAUGGAGAAAUUCUCAGUGAGACGAUGACUAUGCAGGAUUUGGAGUUGGAGGGAGGUGAAAUGAUCGACUGUGUGUUCAAGGGAGGGCGGAAGAAAUAAAGAUAAGCCCUCGAAUAUUCUCAAUAUAUUCCAUUUUGAUUCAUUAAAAUUUCGUUAUCGAACUUCCGACUAAUUCAAUUCCGCCUCAGAAAUGCUGGGAAUUCACCGGCACUUUCAGCAAGGCAUUCGGAGGUCAAUUUCCGAGAGGGGUGCGUUGAGUAACUAUUCAAAAGAUAUAGAAAGCAAAGGGAAUUUAGUAAAUGUUCGUUUUUUUUAUUUGAGUUGCUUAAUUCUUGAAAAUUUAUUAACAAGAAAAAAUCCCAUUUUUUGUUUAAUUAAAAUAAUUCAUUGAAUUCUGAAAUAAUAAAUUGAUAAGCUUUUGAUACUUGUUUAAGAUGUCUGUACAUAUAUGAAUAAUAAUGAAGUGAAGAUUAAUAAAAAUAUAAUAAAGAAAAAAAUAAAAA